AUGUAUAAUGCUUGGCAUUCCAAUCAAAGAGUGCAAGCUCUUACUGGUUGCUACGGACAUUCAAGCCUAACUCUGUUCUUGGCUAGUCAUGCUUUCAUUGGGGUAAAGUCAACUUCGCUUGCCUUGCCUCGGCUAAUCCCUUUUCCUGCUCGGAUAGGGUAUUUGGCUCCAUCUAGAGUGGUGCCAAUUCUGUCUCAGAGUACUAGUUCCGUACUUUCUCUAGGAAGACUCAUAGCCAAGACCAUAUCCCCUGUGAAGGACAUCACUACCAGAAAGAUUGAUCUGAUUAAACAAAGGUUAUUGACAGCUCAAAGCCGUCAGAAGAGUUAUGCAGAUCGUCGUCGGAGACCUUUGGAAUUCGAUGUAGGUGAUCAUGUGUUUUUGAAAGUUUCUCCACUCACGGGUAUUGGAAGAUCUAUCAAAGCCAAAAAGUUGACACCCAGGUUCAUAGGCCCAUAUGAGAUCUUGGAGAGAAUUGGACCUGUUGCCUACCGUGUUGCCUUGCCGCCACAUUUGUCCAACAUUCACGAUGUGUUUCAUGUGUCACAAUUGAAGAAGUAUCAUCCAGAUCCAUCUCACAUAAUCGAGCCUGAAGAAGUUGAGUUACGUGAGAACUUGACUUAUAAGGCAGAACCAGAGCGGAUUUUGGAUGUGAAGGACAAGCAAUUACGGAAUAAGACUAUUCGGCUCGUAAAAGUCUUUUAG